ACGACUGUUGUUGGCGCCGCUGCUACUAUUUGGCUUUGCCGAAUGCUGCUGUUACUGCUGCUGUGUCCCAAUCGUCACACGAUGUGCUGCUACUAAAAAUGAAACUGAAACACGCGUUACGGUAUUCGGCUAACGACUUGCCAGUCAGUCUCAAAGGAACUUUUGUGCGGUUCGGUUCGGUUCGGUUUGAUGUGUUGCACGUGCAAAAUACAUAUUUCCCAACGUCGUGCGCUCGACUUUUCAGUGGUUAUUUCGUUGCGGCGCUAGUGCUUGGCCCACAUUAUGUACGCGUCCUCAUUACGUGAGAUUUGGUGGCAUUAUUGUGACAUACAAGAUUUUUUACUAGUAGUACGGUGAAUAUUGUGCAAUAUUUUUGCAACAAUUGAACUGCGCUCAACGUAUAUGUUUGGUAAGAAAGAAGUGUGAAUCCAAUAAGUGACAGCCAUUAUUAGUUAUCCAGUUGCCUGUGUACUAAGCAAUUGUUUGUGGCACGUUUAUGUGGCAAUUAGUUGUUGGUGCUCUUGCUGGGCCAGCAGCGCAUGUGCAAUUAUUGUAACUUUCCAUGAAUUUAUAGCGCUUACUUUUGCAAAACAAGUUUCGUUCGCGUUCAUUGCGUGUGGCAAGCAGCCGGCUUAGCCAGCACACGUUACAAGUGCAAUUCUCUGCCUUUGCGCUAGUGUAAGCGUGUGCGUGUAUUAGUCUCUCAUACCGCCGUUCUGUCAACGCUGGUGGAGUAAACUUUUAUUGACGCGCUUGUUUUGGUUGUAUCUCGACGCUGACGCGCUACUUGAGGGUCUGUUGGCCGCGCGCCUACGUUUUGUACGUUCGCUGUUAUGCGCGCGUGUUUUGUGAAUAUUUACAUAAAUAAUCUAAGUGAUUUUCAAUCCUAAUUUCCAUAGCGCUACAAGCCAUUGUUGCUGCCAUUACGCGUAAUAUACUAUAGUGUCACAUAAUUCUCUCUCGGCAAGAAACACACAUACACACAAGCAAUACAGAAAUACCUUAGUGAAGCGCGUAGUGACAGUGGCUGCUCGUAAAAUGUUUGAUAUACUCACUGCGACACCUGACUGGCAUACCGACACGUACUAAAGACAACCUAUCUGCGCUCCCAUUGCGUCCACUACACUUGCUUACAACGCCAUCAAACGCGUGCAACGUGCUGCUAAAGGACACUCAAGUUGUGCCGCAUUGAGUUAGCUCGCCUGCUGGCUUACUACUUACUGCUUCGGUGUGUGUUUGUGCCCGUUGUGCUUCUCGUAAAAUAUCACCGUUGAACGUGUGCGGAUUAGAAAGCCACAAGCGCGGAGGCAAGUACCGCGGUCGCAGCGCGGCGCUGGCUAUGUAAAUAGCGCGUUGCUUGUGCGCCACUGACUCUACUUUCCGGGUGACGUGUCAUGGGUCUGUUCUGAAUUGCUGGAUCGUGGUAAUUAUUAAAAAGGACUUUGAUCCUAUCAUCCAUAUUCCUGCACUUAUCUUAAAGUCUACUGUUACUGAUUUUGGCGCUGAAAAGGAUCAACUGAAGGUUCGCUCCCUUUAAAGAUUAAUUGUUCCAGUGAAAACUGCAUUCUACACAUAUUAUUGAGAGUUUCUAAAACUAACUAAACAUAUAGAGAUCUUUACUGUAAAACCCAAUUAUGUGUCCAGUUGGUUGAAUGGCGCUUAAGCUGUCUCGCAUGCAGGAAGUGGAUGUGAAUCAUUAACAAGUGCAACAACGGGCAAACAACGGGCAAACACACACAUACAUUCACCGACACUCAUAUACGCCAACGUGUUGCAGGUGCGGAGCCUUGGGCGCCACUCCGGCCCAGCACGUAGGCAACUAACCAAAGCCACCUCCACGAGUGAGCGAGAGCUUCGCCAGCGCAACUGUUGGUCUGUAGCAAGGACACACACCCACAGGCACACAAAUUGUGGUGUGUAGCGCAGCUUCGCAGCGCUCAUUUGCCAUUCCACGCAGCAGUUAAUCUGCAAUCUAACGUCCCUUUUCCACAUCUUAAUCAGGCACAAGGCAAUCAUGUCUAAAAGAGAGCGACUAUUUCACGAAUGGUUCAAUCUGUUCGCACUGAUCUGGAUGAUAAUCACCGACAUAUGUUUUAACGCGCACUGUUUGAAGGACCUGAAGAUAUUCGUGCCGGAGGCAGUUAUAAUGGGCAACGCAGCGACGCUCUCAUGCCAAUACGACCUGGGACAGGCUGCUCUCUAUUCGGUUCGCUGGUAUUUCGGCACUGAGGAAUUCUAUCGCUAUGUGCCCAAGGAGUCACCGCCCACGCUGGUCUUUCCGGUGUCUGGCAUUAAUGUCGAUCUCACAAACUCAGACGCCACUUCGGUAACGCUGAAGGGUGUCAACCGCGAACUAACCGGCAACUACCAGUGCGAGGUGUCCGAAGAUGAGCCGCUCUUCCACACUGACAUACGCGCAGCACACAUGCAGGUCAUCGAACUACCCAAGGAUGAGCCGGCCAUGCAGGUGGACAAGAAGGUUAUCACCAUGAAUGACAACUUCAAGGCUGUCUGCACGGUUGGGAUGUCAUAUCCGCCAGCCAACAUAACAUGGUACAUCAACGGACGCAAGAUCUACAAAACACCCUUUCAACGCAUCAACCACGUCGCCUUCGAAGGUACCUCCACAUACUCCUCGCUAGAAAUCUCUCCACACAGCCAAGUGCUGCAAGGUUUCUUCCAGACGGUGCCCAAAUACCAGACGACAAGUAUACUGCUGCUAUGCGAGGUCUCCAUACUGCAUGUCUUCCAUAAGAACGUGCAACAACGCCUGCUGCUGAGCAUAACGCCGCCCACCACCAUCUCGCCCAACCUGCUCGGUCUGGAGGGUUCGAAACGCAUCAACGGCGAUCCAGACAACUCGGCGCUCACAGGCGGCGUCGCCAGUAGCCACAACAGCAGGCGACGAAUAGGAGGCGUGUUCGCGAUCGUCGGCAUGGCGUUCGUGGCUCUGUUGGCGGUGGGCGUGUGUCAUGGCGCUACAAUGGGCGUGCUCGCCGAUGAUACAAUGGCAUCGCUUGCAACUCGGUCCGCUGUGGUAGCGGGUUCGUCGAAGCGCCAGGCGGUUCUCGCGACGUCCGCGUCAUUGGCGCCAAGCGUGGCAGCAGCGCAGAAAGCUGUGGCUCAGCUGUGACCUCAAAGCAGCGUAUAUAUUGGUGGUGACAAGCUCAGUGAUGGCAAGCAAAUUGCUACAACUACAAAGUAAAUAAAUAACGGUAGUCGUUUUGUGGAUGCAAAAACAACAAAACGCAGAAAUGGUAGCGGCAGCAGCAGGCGUUAUGAAGGCUAACACGGCAUGCAAACUAUAACAGUAGAGAAAUGUUAAUUUAAUGCAACAACAACAACAUAACAACAAAAAAACAAAUCAAAAUGGCAAACAAUGGAAAUUGGUUUUGCACAUGAAAUUUAAUUGUGGGAAAAACCACAAAAAAGCAGAAAAUUGGAAAAAAUUAAAUCUAAUAUUAAGCAUACAAAUAGCGGUAAAUGUAGCAAAGCAACAAAAAAUUAUGCAAAUAUGUCUGGUAUAAAUGAAAAUAAAUAAAAAGGCGUAAAGUAAAUACUGAGAAAUAAUUAUAAUGAAAUUAAUUUAUAUGUUUGUUGACGGCAAUAAAGAUAAAGCACUAUAACAACAACAACAACAAACCACAGUAGUGCGCAUGCAGCACAUGCCCGAAGAAAAGCCAUAAUAAAUAACAACAAACAAAUAAACAUAUAACUAUAAAUUGAAAAUAAUUAAAUGUAAAUUAAGUUUUUAAGCAACAAAACAAAAACAACAAAAAUGUAUGUUAAAUAGCAAAAGAAACGCGUUACAAAUGAAAAAUUAAAAAAAAAAAUCUUUAAAUGUGUUAGUGUGUAAGUCUUAGCAUAAUUGGCGCGCAGCAGCAUCUUGGCUGAUUACAGUUAUUGCAAUUACACAAAGGCGUCAUCCACGCUUUCUGUAUGUUUGCACAAGUGUAAGCGUAAUUUAUGGAGUAUUAAAAUCAAAACUUUCAAGCAAACAUUUAUUGUAGUUGUAAGGCUUACAAAACCGCAAAAUGUUGCUGCAAAGUGAAAUCCGGCUGAAAAUGCGCUUAUUUACACAGCAAAUUGAAAAUUUUGGUGGGCGACAUUGAAGAAAAAUUAAUUUUCAGUCAGAAUUGGAACUACUGCGAGUAUUCGUUUAUAUAUAUGAUUUAUUUUAAUUUUGGUGUUUAUUUUGGCUUCCUUACUUUUUCCAUUUUCAAUAAUAGACAUGCUAUAAUGAAUGCCAGUGUCGUGAAGACAUAUUGAAAAAUGGCAAAGUUUUACAUAUUAAAACUUGAUUCCGAUCGUUCAGUAGUUAUAACAGCUAUAUGCUAUAGUGAUUCGAUCUAAACAAUUUCCUUGCAGUUUGUAAGAUUGCUGCAGGCAAUAACCUAUGCCAAUUUUUUUGAAAAUGUCUCGUCAAAUGAAAAAGCUUUAAAUAUGUAUAAGCACUUUAUACCGAUCGUACUGAUUGUAUUACAGCUUCUUUAGGAAAAAAGGUCAUUUGCCCGUUGGUCCCAAUACAUUUGUGCCAACGAUGUUUCCAAACCUCGAAACAGUUGUUAAGGUAAAUUUCCGGAAUAUUCUUCAAUGCACGUAGUGGUUCAUGUUCAAUGCCUUCAAUUGACUCAAAACUCGGAGCGGUCAUUACAGUUUGCUGAAUAGCCAGACGUCAUGCGGAGCGCUAAAUCAGGCGAAUCCGUUAGUUGCAAAACGAUACUGGCUAAAAAGUUGUUUAAAAAACUCCCAAAAAAUCAAUGCAGUAUUAUUGUAGUGCAUUAUUGUGGUGCAAAAACCAAGAGUUACGCAUAAUUUUGACCUCUUUUUACCAAUAGCUUCGCGCAAAUGACGCAUAACACACGAAUGGUAUCUCUUGUUCACAGUUUGACCGGUCGGAAGGAAGCCAGAGUACACACAUUCUAUGACAUCCUGGUAGUCGGAAAGCAUUGUUUCACAGACGUUGAAGCAACGUUGUUUUCGAGAAAAAAUUUAGUGAUUUUGGAACCAAUUGUGCUUUCACUUUCCUUAUGCCGCAAAUUAUCUUCCAAAAUGGUUUUCACUGUUCAUUUCGAUAUUCCAACGAUGACAGUAAGAUCUCUGACUAUUAGUCGUUGAUUCUCUAGCACCAAUUUCUUUAUUUAUGACGUGUUGAUCAUCAGUUGAUGUUGAUGGACGUCUUGGAUGUGGUUCGUCGUCGACGUAUUCGCAGCCUCUUAAUUUUUACCCAUAAAAAGCACUCGCUCGCGAAGUCUUAUUAUUUUCUCGUUUUAAAUUGGCUUCGAAUGACUGACAGAUUUAAUAUACAGUUUUUUUUUCAAUAAGGCUCUUCAUUGCACAACUAAAGAUUUUAAAUACGAGUAUGGUACUUCUUGAAGUAUAACAGCGGAGCACGAGGCGGAAUAUAAGGGUAACUUUACAAAACUAAGUUUUAAACAUUGAAACCAUUCAUUCAAAAGUUGACUGAUUCAUUUACAGUAUUAAUUAAGACAAUAGAGCUGCUGACUAUCUCUCCAUGCCGUUUAAAAUUUACUAAAACACAGCGAUUAAAGCAAUCUACUCAUUCCAUGUAUGUUGUUCCGCCCCACAAGUUGACUUAAAUAUAGUAAUAUGCGAAAUCUUGCUCUUUUCGUUCACUUUGCUGAUUAGUGUGCACUUCUGCAAAAUUUUGGAACAAUUUGGUGUCUGGAAAAAUAUCUGUAGCACAGUUAAAUAUUUCAAUAAAAAUUUUUUCUUUAUUAUAAAGAUAAUUGUCUGCGACUCGAGUAAAUUUCAGCCGAGAAGCACAAUUUUUGAUCACCUUUUCCAGCAAUUGGUUUCGUAUGUCAGCGAUAACGUGCCGAAUGUUAUCUAUCAAGGCUUCAAUCGUCUAGAGUUUAUACGCAUAAACAAGCGAACUCAAAUAACACCACAAAACAUAGUUCAGCGGUGAUAAACCACACGCUCUUAGAGGCCACGCCACAGGCGCACCAGACGAGAUAAUGCGGUCACCAUAAGUUUCCUUUAGAAAAAUAAUUGUGUUUUUGGCUGUAUGACAUUUCGCGAAAAAGUCAUUGAACGUUUCCCAUUAACAAUAAAAAUUAUGAUCGGCUUUUUUAAAAAAUAUGGACCAAUCAUUCGCUAUAUCUAUAAUGCAUACCGAGAUUUUCGUUAAAACCUCUACGAUGUAUAAAUAAUUUUUUUUUUCCAAUUGAUGGCUUUAGUAAUUAGUAUACGUAUCUUGCAUUGUUUAAGUGUUACUCGUAUAGCGCAUUUGAAAUAUAAGACUUUGUGAUAAGAAAGUUUCUGAGCGUCUGAGCGACUAAUUUGCUACGGUUUCAGCAUCUGUCAAAGAUAAACACUAGCAAAAUGAAAAAUUUUGCAGUUUAUCUUUGAUGAAGGAUUAAACACAAGCAAGCUGAAAAUGGAAGUAUUGUUUGAAGUCCAGUUUCUGCGGUUCCGCUUCAUGUCAUGUGUGCACUUCUUUAGUAAAUAGCUCGAAUAUUUUGUUAAUAUUUUCUUUAAUACCAAAGUUAAAAUAUAGAAAAGUUCUUAAAACAAAUAUGUUUUAAAACUCAAUGUCGCCGAACCAAAUAAAACUUGCAAGCAAUUAAACAAGUCAACUACAUUUACCUAAACAUAAUUACUUCAAAACACAAAAACUACAUACAAUUACAUACAUGCAUACUUGCAACAUACUAUAUCUACGAAUAAAUCAAAUUUAUACGAAAUGACUUUAGAACUGCUCAUAUGUGACUAAUUUAAAUCAAAAUUAAAAAAAAACAUAAAAAGAAACUCAAAAUCAAAACAUUUUUCAUGCCAAAAUAAGCUAAGCAACAAAAACACUCAUACUACAUAUGAGUGCAUCAUAUGAGUGCAUAUACCAUAAAUUACAAUGUGACUAAACCAAUAUUAAUUUUACGCUCUAUUUUGGACAUAUAAAUACAUAAACAAAGCCCAUAUAAAUAAACACACACAUACACAUGAACUAUUUGUAACGCAUUAAAUAUACAUUGAACAUAAUUCAAGUAAAUAUAUAAGCUUAGCUCACACAUAUACACAAAAAGCUAAACACAUACGCGUAGUGAAUAUGUGUAUGUAUUAUAUAAGUAUGUUAUAAUGUAUACAAUUGGCUCACUAUAACAUAAGCGCGAAAGUAAAAAAAAAUAACUGUAAAUUGUAAGCGCAAUAACUGAAAAGCAGCGACUAAAACGGUAAGCAAAUGUAAUAGUAAAAACAACAAAAAAUAUUUUUAAUAAAAUAUAAUAUAGAGGAAUAAUCGUUUAGCCAAAUUUUGUACUAAUUUAAUUAGCCUUUUGACCUUUGUACAUAUGUAAUCAAAAUAGACGACCCCAAAAUUGUUUGGUUUUUGUUAUAUAAAUCUGUAUUGUUGUUGUUAGCGCUCAUUUUAAUUUUGUUUAGCAUUCAGUAAUGUGUGAUAAAUUAACUAAUAUAUUUUUAAUUAAUUUAGUGCUUUUGUGAAAAAGAGAGUGCGGAAAAUUAUUAUAAAUUAAUUUCAUAUAAAUAAAUGAAAAUGCAUUGGAAGUGCGGAAAGUACUUGGUAUGCUCAUAGAAGGCUGUUAGAGCAACCAAAAAAAAAAGAGUGCUGACAUAUAAACGUGAAAUUUAUGUAAUUUUAAUUAUUUAUUUUGAAAUUUUAUUUUUUUUACAGAAAUGUUUUUUUUUUGUUUUAUUUUUUUAACUUACCUCCAGGGAAUAAUUUAAUUUUUUUUUGAAGUUUUAUUUUUUUUUUUUUUUGUAAAAAUUUUGAUUAAUUUUUAUUUUUGGGCUUUUAAUUUCUUUCCAGGGAAAAUUUAAUUAUUUGAUGUUACGAAUUUGUGCAACAAAAUAUUGACAAUCUUUUCCGAACUUCAUUAUCACAUUUACUCGUCGAAAGAUCACAGAACAAUAAGCUGCUUAACCAAGGACGGGCCUUGCUAUUUUGCCCCUCUUUGCAAAACACGACGAUUUUUAGUCGAAUCGACUAACAAAGCACGUCCAGGAUUAAGGAGGUAUUCUAGUCUAGAGAAUUGAAAAAUUUCUUUUUUCAUAAUUUCAUGGUUUAGAUAUUAAAUAAUAUCUCUCUAAAAAGACUUCUCAAAAUUCUCAUAGUUCCGUAGUUAUAGUCGUUUUAGUGUCAUGGUAUAGUUUUGAGAGUAGUUUGAAUAGCGAAUGCCGAUUUCGCGCAGAAUCGUGCUUAUAAUAGUGACCGAGUACCGAAAGCGCUAUAAUGAAUGCUGAGCUAAAAGCUCACAUGGAAGUAUUUACUAAUUUAGAGGUCAUGGAAAUAUAUUUGGUUGAUGAAAUCCAGUGAUUUCAAAAAUAAUGGUCCCUUGUAUACAUAUAUUAGAAAUUAUGCAUGUUUUGUCUAAAGAAACGGAGUUAAGAGACACGAGACAUCUGAAAACCUUUCUUCCUUUCUUCCAUUCUUUUGCUAGUUUUAACACCAAGAAAAUGUCUACCAAAAGAUUUACUUUCCAUGACAAAUUCUUCACGAUUUUCUUUAAUUGUUUCAGGAACGAGAUAAGUUUUAACCUUAAAUUUGAUUUUUUUACGUCUUAAGUAAAACUGCCUGUUCUCUGCAUUAAGCUUGCUUGGUAUCUUGGUCCUAGCGAAAUGGCGGGCAACUACAAAGCCGACGAGCUAGCCAGAAGGAGCACUUUUGUCCCGCUCACAUUAGAAUCUCCAUUCACUCUUGCCAUCUAACUCUAGACCAAUGGAACUCGCAUGAGCUUAGUAGGCGGCUGUCAAUGACUGGAUCCUAUAUUGCGCGAUCCUUUUAACCUAGUGUUGAACGCGGGAGAUCUACUGAAUUGUUACUAUUUGCCUUAGCUAAGUUUAUCUAGUUUCGUAAUGAACAUUUGCGUUAGUUUAUUUACUUUUUAAUUAUUUUUUUUUUAAUUACUGUCAGCUUUAAUUUGCCAAAGAAUUUAACUAUAUUUAAUGAAUGUUGAAAACAUAAACCAGCUUGCUUUCAUACAUUGUACUAUAUAUACAUAUAAAUAAAUAAAUCUGUAGUAUAAAUGAAUAACUUAUGUAUAUAAAAAAUGGCUUUUGAAUUCUCGACACUCAUACAUACAUGCGUAUACAUUUACUCUUAAAAGAGCUUUCACAUUGUGGAAAGUAAACUCGACCCAUGGUUGCAGCUCAAUUAAAAUGGAUUAAAACAAUUUUAAGCAAAUUUCAGAAAGAAAUAUGAAAUUAUUAAAGAAUUGAGAUGAAAGCAAAUAGGAUAAAUGGUAAAAACAAUUAUUUUGUAAAAAGAAAAUUUUUUUGUUGCAAAUAUAUAUUCAGCUGCAUGUCAGAGAAGGGCUUUGAAAGUCCAACAAAACUAAAACUGCAAAUACUAAACGGAAAAUGCAAAAACAAAAACUGAAAUACAAAUAUAAACUAAAAUGCAUAGAAACAAUAAGAAAAAAUUAUGAAAAAUCAAAAUUCAAGUUAAUUAAAUCAAAAACACAGCAGAAGCUGGCGACAACAAAGGCAAAAUAUGUUGCAAGCAAAUUUUAGUUGAAUUAAUGUUGAUAGAUUAGUAAUGUAAAAAAAAUAAUAACUGAAAGAAAAUAUGAUUGAAAAAUAGUAUAGAGCUGAUGUCAAUAAAAGUAAAAAAUAACCAAAAUAAUUGUUAAGUUGCAAAAUGUAUAAAAAUAACUAAAAG